CCGGGGACAUGGGGAGCCAGGACAGGGAGUUCGGCCCCAGCAGGCCAGUCUGGGCCAGCGAGUACGGCUCCGUGGCUACCAGAAAGGAGGAGUUCGGUCCUGGCCGGCUGAGCUGGGCUGGCGAACACGGCAUGGCCCAGACGGAAGCGGGCACUGCUUUCGGGGUCAGAACAGAAGACUUGCCCGGCUCCUGUGGCCCCGCUCACCCUUCCAAGGAGUCGGGCUGGGGCAGCAGCGACCAGCAGGAGAGUGGCGCCGUCGGCCCCGGGGGCUGGAUCGAAGAGCUGCGCCUCGGGGGAGCUGAGCACCGUAACCAGUUCGGCGUCAUUGGGAUGGACCAGGCGCCCGAGGCCUCCGGCACCGCAGCGCCAGCAGGAGGCCCCAUGUCCUGGAGCGGUGAAAUGAGCUCUGGGGACCUGCAGGAGCCCGGGGAGUCCCCGGGAGGCUGGCACGGCGAUCUCCCCUUCGGCCCCUCGGCUCCUACCGCUAGUACCGGCGAGGGUGGACCGGGUCAGAUGGCCUGGGACGAGGAUGGGGCAGCCCCGGGCAGCUCGGCCCAGCCCCGGGAGGAUGAGGAGGAGGAAGCAGGCUGGAGGCAGCACCAGGAGGCAGGCGGCUGGAGCGCGGAGCUGCGCGAGGCUGAGGCCAGGCGCCAGGAGUGGGCCAGUGCCUUCGACGCCCGCUGUGCGGCCCGCAGCCGGGAUUUCGGUGCCAGGGAGCUGAGCCCAGGAGACCAUGGUGCUUCGGCAGACGGCAGGACCCCCAUGGACAUCCGCCUCUCGGACCCCAGCCCACCCUUGGGUGCUGAUGCUGAGCCCACUGCCGCGGGGCCGAGCCCCCAGCCGCAACCCCCAGCCUCAGAGCCCCCCCGGGACAAGGAUGGGGACGAGCCCAGCCCCGCAGAGGACGGGGACGUGGCUGCAGCCCCCCAGCUGCCGGAGGCUGCCGGCAGGACGCCACCAGAAGCAGAGAGCCAGGAGGAAGCCCCCUGGGACCACCUGGAUGGGAAGAGGCCACAGAGCUGCGAGGAAAAAAACCCUCAGCCCGAGGGACCCGCGGAGCUCUCUGGGCAGGAAUUCACCUUUCUGGAGGACACGGAGGUCCUGGACAGCACCGUGUACCGGAGCAAAGCCAGCCUGGGCCGCAAGCGGAGGCACCGGGCACCCGCUCUCCGGCCCGGGGCCACCUCCGAAGGGGACAGCUGGAUCUUCCAGGACUCCACAGAGCCCCGUCCAGCCCGCGCAGCGGUGUCCUCCGACGAGGAGGCAGCAGAAGAGCCCAAGAGCCGGCGGGUGCGAGCGUCCCCGUCGGGCAAAGGCGUCAAGGUGCCGCUCUUCCCCGGCCUCAACACGUCCGCCCUCAAGGCCAAGCUGAGGGGCCGAAACCGCUCUGCCGAGGAGGGGGCGCUGCCAGCAGACAGCAAGGCAGCCCCCCCCGAAGGACCCCCACGUGCAGCGCUCCAAGUCCUGCAAGAUCCCCGGCCUGGGUGGGAAGCCCCUGGCGCUGCCCCCCAAGCCGGACAAGUCCUCAGGGUCAGACGGCUCCCCGCCCCACUGGCUGCAAGCGCUGAAGCUGAAAAAGAAGAAAUCGUGAGCUGAUCUGACGGGGCUCGCUCUCCUGCCAGCGUGGCCCCGGGAGGCUUACGGCCAGCUCCCCCAGGACCAGGUGGCCCCCUCCCCGUGGCAGGACACACACACACACAUCUAUGCACUUUGUAUGAUGCUCGCAGGGUCCCCUCCCCAGUCACUUCCCGCCCCCCUCCGAGGCCCGAGGGACUCCCCCAGGGUCUCUCUUUCCUCUGCCCACCCCCUCAGCCCCCACGUCUCCUGGGGGCUGGGGGCAGCGGUAGAAAUCCACAAGCCCCCUCCCUCCCGCUCCCCCUCCCACCACCCUCCAGACCAAGAGCAGCAGGUCAUUAUUUUGGUGCCACUUUUCAGGACAAUAAAACUUCGUUGGUUGGUUC